AUGACGACAAAAGACGUUGCAUCAACUUCUGUUAAUGCCAAUGCUGUGAAAGUUACUACUGAUGCAUUCUUCAAAACGAACGUUCCGGAUGUAUACGCCAUUGGUGAUAUAGCCACAUUCCCAAUGAAACUCUACAAUCAAAUGAGACGUGUUGAACACGUUGACCAUGCUCGCAAGUCCGCUGAACAGGCCGUUAAGGCAAUCAAGGCCGCAGAAGAAGGGAAAUCGAUUCCUGAAUAUGACUAUCUUCCAUACUUUUACUCUCGAGCCUUUGAUCUCUCAUGGCAAUUCUAUGGUGACAACGUUGGAGAAACCGUUUUGUUUGGAGAUAAUGACCCAAAAUCGCCGAAGCCAAAAUUCGGAAGCUAUUGGAUUAAAGAAAGGAAAUUGAUUGGAGCGUUUUUGGAAGGUGGAACUUUUGAAGAGAACAAGGCAAUUGCUAAGGUCGCGCGAACGCAGCCUUCUGUUGAGAGCCUUGACGUGUUGUCUAAGGAAGGACUUUCCUUCGCCAGCAAAAUUUAGAAAAGAAAACCAAAUUGCUUCUAGGUUCUGACUUCUGUUGUGUGUUUGUGUGAGCUGUCUUGAGAUUGAAUGGCUUUAUGCCAUUUCGCUACUUAAAAAAAAAAUCUACAUUUUGGUUUUGGUUGUAUUGGUUGCUUGGAUUGUUUGGCUUAGAAAUAAGAAAGGAGAAAUUUGUUGUGUAAAUUGUCCCACAUCGACAAUUACUAGGAAAGAAGAAUGUGAGAACCCAAUAUAAAUAGGGUGGUGUGCUCCUCAGUAUUU